GUGCAGACUUAUGUUCUGGGCAAUUAGAGAUUACAGAGUCUGAUAUAAUAUUGUAUAGAGAAGGAAGAGACUCUACUAUAUGGCCUUUACACUCAUUAAGAAGAUAUGGAUUUGAAGGGGAUAUAUUUAGUUUUGAAUCAGGAAGACGAUGUGAGACGGGAGAAGGCAUAUAUGCAUUCAGAUGUCGAAGAGCUUCCCUUCUAUUUAGAACACUUCAACAACAAAUACAAUUAAGGAAUGUUAUUCAUGACUCUGUACCGUAUCCUGUAUCCCGUUUGACGCCAUCACCUCAGGGCAGGCAAACAUUGCAGGCAAGUGUUGUCCAUCGCUCAUCUAUAGAUAAUGGCCAGCCAGACAAUGUGCGGCCUGCUGUUAACAACAACAUCCCAAAUAUCAUAUCAAACACAGUAGUUCCACGUAAUGUGACCCAGUCACCUAGAUCUCCAUCGAGUGCAGAUAUUUUAGAGGUUAUGCCUCUAUAUCCCCGUUCACAAUCCAGUACCAAUCAAGUCACUAAUGUCUACCAGUUAAGAGAUUUUAAGAGAGAACCCAAUAAUAACCAAGGUGAGGUGCCUGAAAAUCGUGCAGCAGAAAUUCGUCAUGUUUACUCCAAUGAUAUAAAUAGAGAUUUAGCUAUCCUACGGAAUACCUUACGACAAGAGACAGCUUUGAAUACCAUGAGAGACAUAGAAGAUGAGACUAGAUUCCUUGAAAGUAGAUAUUUGAAUGAUAAUAUAUCACAUAAACAAGUAAACAGUCCCUUGUCACCAACAUUGAGUAACUCUAGUGAACACUAUGCCCAGUUGAGCCUAGAGCAACAGGAACAGCAAGAACAACAACAGCAGCAGCAGCAGCAGCAACAACAACAACAACCACCAGCACAGGUACAACAGGACUCUGCGCGACUGUAUAUGAACAUUGUACCUAAUGAUGCCAGCUAUCCAGAAGCCAGUAAAAGCGACACAGUUCCGACCACUCCUCUGACGCCGAAACAAGUCGAAUAUUGCAACUUAAGUGUUGGCAACAAACCAGAAAUAAACACAUAUGCAAAUUUAUCGCUCGGCGAUUUGGGAGACAAUGUGAAAAACGCUAAACAAAUAUUAAGUUUUUCUGCUCCUACUGAACACAAUCAGAAGUUUUCAGAGUCUGAUACUUUUACAUCAAUGUCACCUGUCGAGGAGUUGGAAGUGAACUACGCAAUAUUAGAUAUAGAUUCUAAUAAAGACAUUGUCAAAAUGACACGAGAUUUGACUUCUCCUGAGAGUCAGUCCUACAACAGUUCUAAAAACGAAAGUGUGGCUUCGUGUUCGUCGCAGCCUCGGGGACGCCUCGUGUCGCAGUGCAGUGUGGAGAAAGUGGGCCUCGCCAACAACCCCGGCACGGCACCUUCUGCUGCUAUCGGUUACACAACUAUCGACUUUGACAAGACCGUCGCACUGACGUCCGUGGCCGCCGGCACAGACUGCGACGUCGACGGCACACGCAAGAACAGACAUAAUUCUUGUAAUAUCAUUUGCGGGAGUCCUGCCAGUAAUGAUAAAAACAAAUUAAAUAGUUAAAUGCGCAUUUUAACUUAUCCACAGUUACAUAAACUUUUCUUUAAUUUUUAACCAUGUGCACAAAAAAGUUAAUGGAAUCCUUCUGCAUGAGGUGUGUAUGGUACUCAUUAGGAUUAAUGACUAUGAUAUUGAAAAGUAUAGUUCUCCCUAAACCUUUUGUCGUUACGGAAGAUUGCGCGAGUCGCUGUGCAAAAACCAAUUCCAGGUAUUAGUGGCUAGCGGGAGUGGGGAAGGAAUUUAGUUUCCGGACGACAUCGGGUUUUACGAGAACUGUACCUUUAUUAGGCAACUUAGUAUGAUAUUGUAUAAUGCAAAAUGAUCGCAGGCCUUUAUUCGUUCUGUUUUGUACCAAAUAAUAUGUAGGUAAUUAAGAUCAUUUUAUUUAUUUCUAGUUCCUAAAAUUUAUAAAUGUUCAUAAGUACACUAGAUAUAGUGCAUGUUGUUGCCAAAGUAGUGUUAAAAAAACCAAAAGAGACAUAUUAAAUAGAAGUAUAAGUAGUAAUGGAAUGGAGAUUGUAUAAUUUUUUGUGCACGAAUCGAAGUCGAAAACCAGGACUAUGAUUACGAUAAAUGCACAAUUGUUUAAAGUACACAUAUGUGUACAAUCCACAAAAAAGUCUCGAGUUGAGAAACGAGUUUUAUAGAGCGGGUCAGUUUUUUUUAAAUCUGUAAGUUUAUAUGUUAUUCUAUUGUGAAUUAUCACUUGUAGCUUGAAGGUGUCUACAUUUUUAACGACUGAAUAUUGUGUAGGUAUUUAUAACCAAAAAUACUAAGUUGAGCAUGUGAACCAGAAAUAAUGAAUGCACGUAUAAUGAAGCAGACUUGUGUAUAUAUUCAGGUGACCUAACCGCUUAUAUGCCGCUAAUUAUAGAAAAAUAG